GUUUCAAAAGGUUCCACUACGAGUCUUUGGUGUUGUUGACUAAACGGAAAGGCACCAAGUGACACAAGUUUUUGAAUUACUAUGAAGCACCAUAAGAUACUGAAUAAAAAAGGAAGUACCGUUCUUGUCAAGUAGCUUGUACGCGAGAUUAUACAUUUCCUUUCUUCCCUUCUUUCUACCUCUACUUCUACCUCUAUCUUCCUCACAAACAUGAUCUUAAACGCAUCAAGUGUAAUCGUGUGUGCCUUCAGUUUUGUGUAUACUUGCUACAUUUUGUGUAGCUUGACCUACUUUUUAUCAAGCCACGAUAACGGAGAUGCAAACCCUCGUGUAGAAUCAGGUGACAACGUAGCAGGAUCAACCCUGUGGUCCAUGCUAAAAGAUGUGUCAUAUCUGACAAUUUUUGUCCUGCAACAUUCAAUCAUGACAAACAACUUCACCGAGCGUAUCCUGCGCAGUCUGCACAUCGAGCACCUCGACAGAAGUAUUUACAAUGCUUGCAGCUCUGCGAGUCUUCAUCUUUUGAUCAGUGGAUGGCAGCAGACUCCAACCGCGCUUUGGAAAAUUGAUGCUUCCAACAAUCUGAUCUGGAUGUUAUUUUCUGGUGUUCACGUGUUUGCUUGGAGCAUUAUUUAUAGCGGAUGUAUCAUGAUGGACAUUGCGGAGCUCUCUGGAGUCAAGCAAGUGUGGUACGCGACGUAUGGAAGGAUCAGCCCGUUGAACGCAAAGUCCAAAGAGCUGCGCAGAUACAUGAAGCACAUGAGACAUCCCAGUUUCACUGGAUUUCUUAUCAUUUUAUGGAUUCACCCUUUCAUGACCAUCGAUCGAUUAUUAAUGGCCACUAUAUUGACGGUGUACAUGGCGUUGAUGUGGACCAUAGAUUCCAAGGAUUACGAUUAUCAUAUGAGAUACUUCAAACAGAAACAGAUAGAACUGUCCUAACUUUACAUUCGUUACUUUUCUCAAUAUUCCCAUGACUUUCAUGUUACUAACACUACAUUACUUGUAUGUAUUUAUUUAUUUAUUGUUGCUUGAGAGAAUUGACAAUCUCUCCAUGUAUCGACAUUGAAGUUUUGAAAUGUAUUCUUUCCUUAGGAAGGAGAUGGGAAAAUAUAUGCACGCAAUAUGCUUGGCUUGACUUGACGUGGUCCCAACGUGUUUCCUCCAAUUAAGCAACCCUGUUUACGACAAUCAGAUAAAGAUUUUCGACCCGCUCUCGCUGAGAAACUUUCAGAGGUCGUUUCCUCUAUUUAUAGAUGAAACUAUUCGCGGAAACUCUUGAAUCUUUUUAUAGCUUACUCCAAGGAGCAGGCGGACCUUGGCAUAGUCGAAUCGGGAUUCCAAAGGGAAUUAAGCAUACGUAUCAAGCAUCGCUCUUCGGAGAUCGAAUCUUACGCCGCUAAUUAAUCAUGCUUGCAGCAAAGGACAAUAAGGUAUGGUAUUCGUUUGGAUUGCACGAAAAAGAAGCAGUGUAGGCGUGUUCUCGUGUCUAUCACGGUCACCGAAUCAUGGCCUGAUAAGAUUGCGCGAACUACAGUUUCAGCCAUUAUCAUGCGUAUGGAAGCAAGAGAUAUUUGUAUGCUUUAUCACGAGAAAUGUACGAAAUUACGAAGGUAUCACCUACUCAGCUCUUAGCCAUCCGUAAGCUUGUCCGACUCGAUUCGUAGCACCUGUUUCAAGCAGCUUGUUUACGUAUUUACGUACACACAUAAAUCACGUUUAUGAUUUAUCCAUAUUUUGUUUAUUCAUUUAUAAUUUGCAAUUUCAAUUAAUUCAUACAUUCACUCGCUUUGGCAUCUCUAUUAAAAAUCUUUGAAAAUUUAUCGAAUCUCCGGGAAUUUACACAAAGUCGAGAAGUGUCUUUCGUGAAAUUCCGUUCAACAUGAUGAGACCUGGUUCGGCGUGAUCGUUGUCUUUGGAAUCCUGACGACAUCUUUACCUGACAGUAUUAGAAACUUUAAUCUCAAUCUAAUGCUGCCCGGUAAGAUGUAAACAGAUACUCCGUUCGCCAGAGUGCGCGGCCAGGUUGCCCUCUUCUUCACAAUCGCAAUUUCUUGUAUUUCCAACCUGUUUGUUAGCGCGACGAAUAGGAUUUACAGCCGUCAAUCGCAGGGAAGGAAAGAGGAAAGGUGAUAAUACUUGUUUUCUUUCUUCUUGCUACUGGCUUUUUUGCAGUAUCGGUAUUCUCUUCCUCUGGAUUCCGUCCAAUGUACCUACGUACAAAUCAACCAAGAUUACAUAAAAUUAAGUCAUGAAAUUAAGUCAUGAAAAAAUCGGAAAAGAUAUAAGUCAGUCUCCGAGUUUUCUUCUUUCCUUUUCCUUUUUUUUCUCUCGCCGCGCUUUGUACCAGAUAACGACGCAGCGUUGCUCUUUUUUCUCGCCGCUCAUUCACUCGCGCACAGCCACGUUUAAAUAUUAAAAUGAGGAUUCGAACGAGAGACCGACGAUACCUGCAUUUAUACGCAGAUGUCGUCAUAUCGAUUUUGUGAAAGUGAGUUCCGGACUGAUGGUCGCACCAGUGUAGUUUCUUUUAAACGAGAAAACGUUUAAAGUUGGUCAAUCAAAGAGUUGAAAGUUUACACGUUCAAACACCACACAUACAGUUAAAUAAAGUAUAUAAAGGACAACUGUUUUUCGAUAAAACGCCGUUGUUUUAUUUGUUUUAUUUGAAUCUUGAAACAAGACUUGCAAAGAUGAGCGUCGAUCGCACGAUACCACUUUGCCACAGCUGGCAUCGUAUGAUUAAUUGUCGUAUCAGCAUCUCUUUAUGCUACUGGUCUGCAGACUGAUAUCCAUAAUGAAUAUAAUACGCCACUUGGAGAUGGCUGCCGCGAUCUACUCGCAAUUUAUUCGCAAAUAAUCUUUGUCCGUGCUGUAACCGUGAUCCGUUUGAUCGCUUCAGAGUUGUUGAAUCGUCCGUUUGAUGAAAAUGAUACUCUUGCCUCGUGAUUACAAUCGUGCGCGUUGUCAAGAAACAUAUAACAGAAAGCGAAUAAAACUAUAACAAAGUUCAGGCACAUUAUCGUAGCAUAGCAUGCCUUUGAUACAUCCAACGAGAUAUUCAACGAACGCUAUCGAAAAACACUUGUUCAAGUCGAAAUCAAUCUGUAUCAAUAUAUCGGAUCGAUAGAUUGAUAAUCUUGGCAUCGACGUUCAUGAGAACGAAGAGUAUACAACUUGGCUGAAAAUUCUGAUAAAGCAUGCCGAAAGCUCCCUUUUUAAUUACGCCAAUGAACGGACUCGUUGUACAAUACGUUAAUUAAUCGCAACGAGAAGCAAGAUGUUAAACGCGCUCUCUCUCCCUCCUUUUUUUCACGGAAGACGUGGACACUGAAAAUAAUCUGAUUAGAGGUAUCUUGGAGUAGAAAAUACUCACGCGAGCAUCUGUUGGUUGCUUUUCGACGGAUAUUUCAAACAUCUGGUGUGACGUAUUAGAAUUGACUCUUAAUCCAAGUGUUUUUCUGAAUUUUCCGAAAUAGUACGCCACACGAUCUCUUGGCACCAGUUUCGGAUUAUUCGGUGUGCUGCAGCAGCAAGGUAUUGAGCGGAGUGCCGUUUGGCAGGGCCAACACCUGAAAACUCAAAUGGAUUCCUAAAAUUCUCUCGGCGCUGAUGCAUCUUUCAUCGUUAGUCCUAGUUGAAACUGGAAAUGCCAGUCGGAGUAACGGAACACCCGUAUCAUAAAGGAGCCGAGGAAUCUGCCCGCGACACCCGUCGCGCGAGUCGCUCGAAGAAGAUGGAUGCUGGAUGUGGAAAUGUCGACUUGUUAUGAAACACGAGUCACGCGGCUGCUGCGACUCCAUGUUUGUUGCAGAUGCAAAUGAAGCGUGUUGGUCAACAUGUAACGUAUCAUGCGAAUGACAUGCAUCAAGGUGCGCAAACCACUCGAUGGAUCUCGAUGGAUCUCGAUGGAUCUCGAUGGAUCUCGCGGGUUCGAGGCUACACCGAAAUCUUUUAUCGCCAAGAAAGAGAAAAAGGAGACGCGAGUAAACGACUCUGCGAUAUCGAUUGCCGUUUCAUGCUUUCUGUCGUCGUGUACGUCGUACGUAAAUUGUGCACUACUGUACGAUGAAUCACCCGACGGAGAGGGGAGGGAUUUCGUGUGCAACGUCUUUGCCGCUUUUCAAAGACGCGCUUUGGCAAAACCAGCGAGGAGGAGGGAACUGAUCGGAUAUGGAAGAGCGAGAGGGAUCAAGGAAAGCAGCACGCGUGUAAACCGUGCACGCAUACGCACACGCACACGCACAAAAAAGGCGGAGGGAGUCGACGAGCGCAAACCGAGAGGAUACCGUUGCAUAAGCUAUAUUUAACCGCACCUGCUGGCGCCAAACUAUCCGCGCUCGUUCGCGCAUGCGCUAUACGUGGCGCUGUGGCUUUCGACGCGACACGUUUAACGCGUUUCGAGCGAGCGAGCGAGUCGCGGCCGUCGCGGCAGCUCCUUCAUCCGGCGGAGGAUAAGGGCGUGUUGCCGCACCGAGCCACGCGCGCUUCAGCGAGUGACGAUUCUGUCACAACUGCCCUAAAGAGAAAAGUAAUGUUACCAUCCAGCCAGAGGGGAUGAAUCACUGGACGAUCCUGAUGAGAUAAGGGAUGAUUUUAGCGAAAUUGUCUUUCGGAUCGUAAAUAGGCAUGACAUCACCAUCGGCCAAAGCCUAUCGAAAUAUUUAGCAUCUGGGCCUAAACAUCUUGCCUAAUUUAAUUUAUCAUAUUUAAUUAACUAGGUAAUUAAUAUAGAGAGAUUAGAAGAGAUUACAAUACACAAAAGGGAAUACAGAAACAAAAUGAGCGAAAAAGAGGCGGAUAAAAGUUGCAGCUAGAAGAAAGCAUUAUAUGAGUAUUAUCAUCAUUAGGCGAAUAUUAUAAAUCAAAUUUGUUAAUGUCCUCUAAAGAAGAAGAAAUUUAAAUUUAAUCACAUUUAAAUAUUAAAGCAAUUUUGAUAAUUUAUUAAAAUAGCUUCGUUAGAAUGAGCUUUUAGUCCUUUACGAAUUCUUUUCCGCAAUAAAGACUGUGCGCGCAAUAUAAUGGAAUAUUGUAUAAUAAUAUGAUUAUCAUAAAAAUGUUUGACACGAUUGAAAAUGAUAAUGUAUCGAAGAACGCGAGAAAUAAUAGAAAUGUACUCGUGAUGGAGCAACGAACAAGGGUGUUGCGUUGGCACGCGAGUGACAUGUCACGGGAAUGACCCCAGAAAAGCGCCGUAUCGUGAUUAAUUUAAUUAAACAUCACGGCACCAACUACUAUUGGGUGUGCCGUCUGUUUGAGAGAAAUUUGACCGCGAUACGUGGGUCGAAAAAUAUUCCAUCUUGUUAAAUGUAAUGACAAGUUUCUCACUCUAUUCAAUUUGACAGUCAUCUUCGUUUGAGCGUCUGCUGCGAGGCUCGACUUUGAUUCAACUGUAUCUGAAUUAAUGUAACAAUUUUCGUUUAUAGAUAUAGAUAAAUUAUGGAUGAAAUAUCGCAGAAACAUGCAAGUGAGGCUAUUAAAUAAAUGAAUUAAAAAUGACGAUAAAGAUAGUAAGCUCAAAUUAGAUCUUUAUUAAGGAAAAGUACAGUACUGGAUAGAAAUAAACAACAGCUCCAGAAUGUACAACGAUAUAAAUCGGAAAUUGCUAUGGUUAUGGUUAUAAAGAGUAUCGAUUCAAUUUUUAUCUCUGCGAGCGUUUUUGUUUUGUCUUUCUUUAAUAAUUAAAGUUUAAUUACAGUAAAGACAGAAACAUAACAUCGAAAUUUUUCUGGGAGAAUCACGUUAGAGCUAUGUGGUGACCGCGUUAUCUCGCGAUUGCGUAAUUGAUAACGAGUUGUACUCCGAGCCGACAUCGUGUCAAAAACACUAAUGUUGCAAGUCACUCGUACUUACAUGUAUCUCGCACUAUUGUUACGCACUUUACGCAAAAAAAAAGAAAGAAAUGCGUUGCAAAAGAGAAACCAGUAUUAAAUAAAUCAAAUAUUUUCCACCUUCA